UCUCUGAAAACUUUUUCAAAGCAGAGAGAUGACUUUUCUCGUUCUCCAGCCUAACAGCUUGGCUAGCUGUCUUUUGUGUUUACUAACAGCCUUCAACUUAAUUGAAAGUGAGAAGCUGCUAGUGAUACCUCAAGAUGGAAGCCACUGGCUCAGCAUGCGUAGCGUGGCAGAGAAACUUCACGAAAGAAGACAUGAAAUAGUGGUGGUGGCACCAGAAACAAAUCUGCUGUUGAGAGAAUCAGAGUAUUACGAGAGGAAAACAUACCCAGUGCCAUAUUCAGAAGAGGUACUCAAGAAGGGAUUUCAAAAAUUUUCUGAAAACUUGUUCCGUAAGGUUCCUUUUCCUUAUUCGAUUCUUCAAGAAUACCGGAACAACAUGUAUGUAAUAAACCUGUUUUUCUACAACUGCGAUAGUCUUCUGAAGAACAGAGAAGUCAUACGAUACCUGGAACAGAGUCAUUUCGAUGCAUUGUUGACAGAUCCAGCUCUGCCAUGCGGAGUCAUCCUAGCCGAGCAUCUCUCUAUCCCGUCUGUGUACUUCUUCCGUGGGUUCCCAUGCAGUCUAGAGCAUGCCAUUUGUAAAUCUUCGAACCCAGUUUCCUACAUCCCAAGAUGCUAUACCAGGUACACAGACCGAAUGACUUUCCCCCAACGUGUGGUUAAUCUAUUGGUCAAUUCUUUAGAGACAACACUUUUUAAGACUCUUUAUACCAAGUAUCAAGAUAUUGCCUCAGAAUUUCUUCAGAGACGUUCACUUGCCAACACUUUACAGAAACAGUUCCAUCUGGCUUUUGCGCUAUGA